AUGCUAGCCACUCCGGUCCUUCGGGCCGCGUCGGCGUCGGCCGCUUCGGCCGCUUCGGCCGCGUCGUCCGCCGCGCUGAGCGCCGCGCUCAGCUCGGCCUCCUCCACAGAAUACAGCAACUACAGCGGGAUGGUCCCGAACCUCGCUUUUAACGUAUGCAUGGCCGUGAUCUUCGGGCUGCUCCUCAUCAUGCAGGUCGGGAUCGGGAUCUGGACCAAGCAGUGGUGGUUCCUGGUGUCGUUCACGUUCACGUGCAUCCUGGAAGUGCUCGGGUACGCGGGCCGCGCCAGCGGCCACUUCGACGUGUACAACGUGGACACGUUCCUGCUGCAGUUCAUCACGCUGACCAUCGCGCCCGUGUUCACGAUGGCCGGCAUCUACUACCAGCUGGCCAAGCUGAUCGAGGUGUUCGGCCACCAGUUCGCGCUCAUCAAGAACCCCAUGCUGUACUCGUACAUCUUCAUGGGGUGCGACAUCAUCUCGCUGAUCGUGCAGGCCGUGGGCGGCGGGAUGGCCGGGUCCGCGGCCGCGGACGAGAAAGACCCCGCCAAUGGAGAUCACGUGUUCGUGGCCGGCCUGGCGUUCCAGGUCGCGUCCAUGUCCGUGUUCCUGAUGCUGUGGUUCCACCUGGUGUACCAGAUCUUCGUCGUGACGCGCAAGCGGCACACGGGCGCGAAGCGCGCGUCGCUGUCGCUGUUCCACGUCUCGCAGGAGGAGAUCGACUACAUGUACCGCCCCAAGUUCGAGUUCCUGCGGCUGCACCCCAAGCGCUGGGUUUUCACGUACUUCCCCUGGAUCCUCACCGCCGCUUCCCUGCUCAUCUUCGUCCGUUGCAUCUACAGAGUCAUCGAGCUGGCCGAGGGCUGGAGCGGCAACCUGAUCACCCACGAGAUCUACUUCAUCAUCCUGGACGCCCUGAUGAUGUCGCUGGCCACCACGCUGCUGACUGUGUUCCACCCGGGCUUCGUGUUCAAGGGCCGCACCACCAGCAUCCCCAUCCAGAACGUGCGCAAGGCCGUUGCCAAGGACGGCGCCGAGAACGCCACCGACUCGCUCGAGGACGACAACGACAACGACAACGAUUCUUGGCGGGCCAACAAGGAGGAAGCAUGA